GAAGCAUUCAUCAAUCAUCACCAUCAAUGGCUUCCAUGAGCUCUCUGAAGAUGAUUUCUUCCCUCAAGCUCUCCCAUUUAAGUUGUUCUAUCUCUCCUCUUUCAACCCAAAAGCAAGUAGGUUCAAGUCUCUUUCAAUCCUUCCCAACCAAAACCUUAAAAUUCUCAGCUACUCCUCAAGUAUCUACAUCUAGAAGAAGUACCAACAAGACUACAACCACUGCAUUCUUCUUCAAUAACCAAAAGCAGCAUCAAGAUUCAUCACAGCCAACCAAAGUUCAAGAGCUCUUUGUCUACGAAAUCAACGAACGCGACCGAGGAAGUCCUGCAUACCUCAAGCUAAGCCAGAAGCAAGUUAACUCUCUUGGAGACUUAGUGCCAUUCAGCAACAAGAUAUACUCAGGAGACUUGCAAAAGAGGCUAGGGAUAACUGCAGGCUUGUGUGUGCUCAUCCAGCAUGAGCCUGAGAAAAAGGGUGACAGAUAUGAGGCCAUUUACAGCUUCUACUUUGGUGACUAUGGCCACAUAUCAGUGCAAGGAGCCUAUCUAACAUACCAAGACACAUAUUUGGCUGUUUCUGGAGGCUCUGGAAUCUUUGAAGGUGUGUAUGGACAAGUGAAGCUUCACCAACUUGUGUUCCCUUUCAAGCUUUUCUACACCUUCUACUUGAAGGGUGUGCCUGAUUUGCCUCCUGAGCUGCUUGGGAAGCCUGUUGAACCUUCUCCAAGUGUUGAGCCUUCUCCUGCUGCUAUGGCUACUGAGCCUCAUGCUUGUUUACCAAACUUCACCAACUGAUGAUGAUGAAGCAAUUGAGCCUUUUUUGUUUUUCAGAAAGUUUUAGUUUUGAACCCAAAAUAAAGUCUUGGUAUUGCAAAUUAAUUAUAUAUUUUUUUAUCCGUAAGAAAUCAAAUACCUUAAUACAAGAUUUAUCACA